AUGACGGAGCGGUUUAACCGGAGACUGAGGCGGCUGCGGGAGCACCACGCGAUCUGUGAGCAGAGACACCGGCGAAACAGCGCGAAGGACGGAAUGAAAACUUCACAUCAAGACGGACAGAAGAGGGAUGAGGAGGAUCUGGAUGGACAGAAGAGGGAUGAGGAAGAUCUGGAUGGACAGAAGAGGGAUGAGGAAGAUCUGGAUGGACAGAAGAGGGAUGAGGAAGAUCUGGAUGGACAGAAGAGGGAUGAGGAGGACCAAGACGGACAAAAUGACUUAAUCCAGGAAAUUUGUAUAGAGGAGCAAUCGAACCAGGGCAACAAGGACUGUAGUGAUCUGGAUGAGAGCGAAGGCUCAGUCUUUGUUCCUUCAGUGGAGGAGUCUACUGAUGAUGAAGACCUCGAUUCAGAAGAGUCCCAGCUUGAAAAGACCAUUCGAAAGACUGUAAAAGACACAAUAUUUAAUACAUUUGAAGAAGUCAAGAAGGCAAAGCAAAAAACUCCAAGAAAGAAGGCUAAGCAAAAAAGUCCAAGAAAAAUGACAAUCAAAACAAGUCAGCGAGAUCCUAAAGGCAAACGAACGUGGAACAAAAAACAGUACUGUGUCUUCUGUGAAAAGGCACAAAGCAAGCUUGCUAGACAUCUUGAAAGAAGUCAUUCCAAUGAAACAGAAGUUGCUAAAGCCUUUAGUUUCCCCAAACGUUCAAAGGAACGCAGGAUUCUUCUGGAACAGCUCCGGAACCAGGGUAAUUAUUAUCAUAACAUCAAAGUCUUGGAGACCGGACGUGGAGAGAUCAUUACCUGGAGACAACCGACUGAAGAUGCAGACAUUUCUGAGUUCCUUCCCUGCCCGGACUGUCUGGCCUUCUUCAUGAAGAAAGACCUGUGGAAACACUCUAAGACGUGUCGAGGACAGCGGGAUGUGAAGAGAAGCAGAGGAGAGCGUGUGAGAUCAGCUGCAGUCUGUCUGAUACCAACACCUGCACAGUGCUCUGCUGGGAUCAGCUCUCUCCUACAAGCUAUGAGACAAGAUGAAAUCUCAGAGACAAUCAUGAAGGACAGUUUGAUCUGUCUCUACGGUGAAUCACUUUAUACAAAGUGUGGUCAUGAUAAGUCACAGCAUCAGUAUAUCAUUCAAAAGAUGAGAGAGCUGGCCAGGUUUAUGAUCGAAGUGAAGUCCAGAUCCAGAGAAGUGAGUAACCUUACACAGCUCUGUAACCCUGAGAACUUUCUCCUAGCCAUCGCCGCUUGUAAAGAAGUCAGCAGCUAUCAACCAGAUUUAAAUACGUUUAAAACCCCGUCUCUCGCUCUGAAGAUCGGAUACUCGCUGAAGAAAGCCUGUCAGCUCAGUUUGGGACAGAGUUUAAUGGCAGGGGACAGAGACACUGAGAAGAAGCUGAAAACUUCAUCAAGCUCAUUGACAGUCAUUGGCCAUCUCAAGAGUGUGGAGCAGGUCUCAAAAGACAAACUCAAAGAGAACGUGAAUGGCGCCGAGUGGAAAAUCUUGGCUGAGACGUUACUCUGUCAAAUCAUUCUUUUUAAUCGGAGACGUGAAGGUGAGGCAUCCAAACUGCUCCUUGCAUCAUACGUGAAUCGAAACGUUAAGCCUCCUAAUGAAGAUGUGGUCAAAUCUCUGACUAAAUUAGAGCGGGAGCUGUGCAAUGAGCUGACUCGAUUAGAGAUCCGAGGGAAGAGAGGUAAGAAAGUGCCUGUCCUGCUGACCAAGGACAUGCUGGAGUCCAUGGACCUGCUGAAUGAAAGCAGGAGCACAGUGGGCAUCAGCGAUUCCAAUCCGUACGUUUUUGCAAGACUGGGGGCUUUAACGCACAUCCGCGGAUCAGACUGUUUGAGAAAGUUUUCCAAAACGUGUGGCGCAAAAGACCCCAAGAGCCUUACGUCGACCAAGUUAAGGAAACAAAUAGCUACUCUGAGUCAGAUCAUGAAUUUAAAAAACAAUGAACUCGACCAAUUGGCCAAAUUCCUGGGACACGACAUUAGAGUGCACCGCGAGUAUUACAGACUGUCCGAGAAUACAAUCCAACUCGCUAAAGUUAGCAAGCUGCUUUUGUCUCUAGAAAAGGGAUCUGACUGUUACAAAGGAAGAUCUUUGGAAGAAAUUACAUUUAGAACAGAGGGUGAGUAA